AGGUUCAGCAGCCCCGUCAGUGACACCGGCCCGCCGUCCCCCGCACCCGGCCGGGCCAGCCGGUGCCCGCCCAUCCACUACCUCGGCCGGCCGCGCGCGGAGGCGCCGCCUGGAGUCGGGUCUCUUUGUUGGGCGCGCACCCCCUCCUUUUGGUGGCAACAAAGUCGCGCAGUGGGAGCCGCCGCGAGGGGCGGGGAGCGGCCGGGGCGGGACUCCGAGCGCCGCCGGGGGCAGCCGAGCCAAAAAGUGGGGAGGAGGAAAAAAGGCAGACGGCGUCUGGGGACCGGCGCGGGCACAGCCUGCUCGGAAGUAUGCGGAGGGCCCCCUCCCGGGCCCGGGCACUCGCGGAGAGCCAGCCUCGCAAAAGUUUGCCGGCCGCUGCCCAGGCGGCGUCGAUGGCUGCGCGCCCCGCGGCGCGCGGGGGCUGAGCGGGCGCCACUUCCCCUCGGGCCCCGCUUUUGUGUCUCGCGUCUCCUCCUCAUGCUGCGUCCGGCCACCUCUUGCGGCGGCCGCUGCUGAGGCGCUCGCUCCGGCGGAGGGGAGGAAGGGACGGCGGCGGCGGGGGCGGCCGCGGCGCGGGGUCCCGGCGGGACUAUGGGAAACGGGAUGUGCUCCCGAAAGCAAAAGCGGAUUUUCCAGACGCUGCUGCUGCUGACCGUGGUGUUCGGCUUUCUCUACGGCGCGAUGCUCUACUACGAGCUGCAAACGCAGCUGCGGAAAGCCGAGGCGGUGGCGCUCAAGUACCAGCAGCACCAGGAGUCCCUUUCCGCCCAGUUACAAGUUGUAUAUGAACACAGAUCAAGAUUAGAGAAAUCCUUGCAAAAGGAGAGACUUGAACAUAAGAAAGCGAAGGAAGAUUUUCUUGUUUAUAAGUUAGAAGCCCAAGAAACACUAAAUAAAGGAAGGCAAGAUUCCAAUAGUAGAUACAGUGCGUUGAAUGUGCAACAUCAGAUGUUGAAAAGUCAACACGAGGAGCUGAAGAAACAGCACAGCGACUUGGAGGAGGAACAUCGCAAACAAGGAGAAGACUUCAGUAGGACGUUUAAUGACCAUAAGCAGAAGUACCUGCAGCUACAGCAAGAGAAAGAACAAGAACUUUCUAAGCUAAAAGAAACCGUGUACAAUUUGAGAGAAGAGAAUAGACAACUCCGGAAGGCACACCAGGACAUGCAUACACAGCUCCAAGACGUCAAGCAACAGCAUAAGAAUUUACUCUCCGAGCAUGAACAACUUGUAGUGACUUUGGAAGACCACAAGAGUGCGCUAGCUGCUGCACAGACACAAGUUGCAGAAUAUAAACAGUUGAGAGACACUCUGAAUAGGAUUCCAAGCCUUCGAAACCCAGAGCAAGCAGAGCAGCAGAAUGUUACCCAGGUGACACAUUCUCCACAAGGUGACAACACAGUGAGGGAGAACGCAGCCGGGGAGCCACAGGAGGUGUCUCGAAAUAGUGACGGGUGGCAGACGCAUGAAGCAGUUCCUCGAAGAACGGAAGAAACAAAACUUGACUCUCCCACCCAGAAGAAGGCAGAGUUUCAGGCUCCAGCAGAGCUGAAGCCCCGCGGAGCUGAAGCCAGAGAGCCAGAGGAGCGGCAGGUGGAAGAGGAGCACAGAAGGGCCCUGGAGGAGGAAGCGAUGGAGCAGGUCGGGCAGGCCGAGCGUCUGGAGGAGGAGCACGACCCGUCCCCUGAGGAACAGGAUCGGGAGUGGAGGGAACAGCAUGAAGCUGGAGAGGAAGCCAACCUUCUGGGAGGGCAUGCUCCUGCCCAGGUCUAUCCGUCGGCCAAGCCGGUUGGCAGAAUCCGGUCACCGUAUGAGGAGCAGCUGGAACAGCAGCAAGUGGCAGCGCGGCGGGCGGAGGAGGCUCAGCCGCCGAGGGAGCACCAGGAGGCGCUGCACCAGCCUCGGCUGCAGGGACCCUUGUGGAGGCAGCGGCAAUGGCAGCAGCAGCAGCAGCUUCUGGCCGGAGAGGUGGCCCGGCACAGGCCGGCCAGCCCGGAGGAGGAGGGGCGGCCGCAGCCCCCCGAACAGCUCCGGCAGCAAGCUCGUUAUGAUGCUGUGGAUCAUGAUAUUGUUCAGGGAGCCGAGGACCAGGGCGUCCAAGAAGAGGAAGGAGCCUAUGAGAGAGACAACCAGCACCAAGAUGAGGCAGAAGAAGACCCAGAGAAUGGACAUGAGCCUCAAGAUCAGGGGCCCCAUGAAACCGACCCGGAAUCUGAGGCAGAUAGGGCUGCUGUAGAGGAUAUAAACCCAGCAGAUGACCCUAAUAAUCAAGGUGAAGAUGAAUUUGAGGAAGCCGAGCAAGUGAGGGAAGAAAAUUUGCCAGAUGAAAAUGAAGAGCCAAAACAAAGUAAUCAAAAGCAAGAGAAUGCCGAGAUGGAGGAACAUUUGGUGAUGGCAGGAAACCCAGACCAGCAGGAGGAUAAUGUUGACGAGCAGUACCAGGAAGAGGGAGAGGAGGAGGUUCAGGAAGAUUUGACUGAAGAGAAAAAAAGGGAAUUGGAACAUAAUGCCGAGGAGACGUAUGGUGAAAAUGAGGAAAACGCCGACGAAAAAAACAAUGAUGGUGAAGAACAAGAAGCUCGAGAUGACCACAGCCCUAAACGCCGAGAGGAACCCUAUGAGGAGGAAGAAGAGGAAGAAGACGGGGCUGCGGUUGCGGAGAAAUCCCAGCGAAGAGCGGAAAUGUAGCGGCGCCGACCGCGUGGACAGUGCUCAGCUGACGGGUUCUUUUCAAGCUGCUCAGAAAUAAAUCUGCCUACUGAACUCUAGGAUAUUUAAUUACAAAAAUUAAGAAUUUAGACUUUUUUUUAACUUUUAUAUUAGAAAUGCUCAUACAUUUAUAUGACUAUAUUUUGAUAACCUAGGUUAGAGCUGCUUUUCUAUUCAAGCUAAACACGAACCGGAAGAAAAACAAUAAAGCAAACCUUCGCCUUUGAAUCUCAUUUUUCAUAGAUUAUGUGAUGUUGAAAAGAGCACCGGUUUUGUAUAUUUCAGCUUGUUACUUUUCUGUCUCCUAGUUUCCAGGUGUUCUGUUGUUUGCCUUUAACAAAAUACAGGAUUUCAAGUAGGGAAUACUGCAAAAUGAUGUAUAGCCUUUAAGAACAAUGGCCAGUUUAUUAACUGCUGCCUUUCUAAGGUUCUUGUGUAUAGUUGGGAUGGAAUUUUCACCCCUCUGUCUCUGGAAUGAGAUCCAUGUACAGACUGACAUAGGAUUGGAAAAGCAUUUUGUUUAUAAAGACAUUGUUUUUUAGGCUUUUCGUGUCAGAAAAAUGUUUGGCUCUACUUCAAAUCACAGCUGUUCAUGAAAGGAAUUAGAUUUUAAAAUGAGAUGGUACUUAAACUUAUGCCACAGUAUUCUGGACUUUGAUAGUCCAGUAUUUAAACAAGGUAGGAUGCAUCAGUGUGUUAACCUUCUUGAAGGACUGAAACCUUGUUUAAUAACUAAUUUAGUGUGUGUGGGUGUCAUUUUCUAUGUGAGCAUCCAUUCAGUUCUUUUUUUUUUUUCUGAAAUCAUCUAGUAAUAUCCUUGUUUCAAUAUCUAGUUCUCUACCAUAAUAUAUAUUUCCCGCAUAAACUCUGGUCCUCAAUGUGUAAUCACUUUGAUGACAAGUAUGAAUAUGAAGGCAUUCCAAAUUACACAAUUGAAUAGGGUUAUUUCUCAUAAACUCUACAGUAAAAUACCCAUUAUUGAUAUGAUAGACCCUCAUGACCUUUCUGUUUGCUGGGAUUGGAGCUUGUGUUAUGCCCAUGUAUGGCAUUUUAAUGACAACAAAAGUCCCCUAAAAUAAAAAAAUUAAAGAUCAAAAAUUCUUCUGGGAUUAAGACAUAUUUGUCUCUCUACAUAAAGAUUUUUAAAUAUAUAGAAUUAGGUUAUAUAAUUCAUAUGUGUGUGGUUUUAUAAUAAUACUCUCAAGUUAAUAAAGACAUUUAAUUUCUACCAUUGUUGUUUGAAUGUAAAGUUAGUUUUUAAUACCACACUCACGUAUGGUUUUGAUAUUAUCCCAGUGGAGUGAUUAUAUGUAUGCAUAGGAAUGUUUCGUUCAAAUAUAUUUUGGAUUUUCAAUAAUCAUAAAUCAAAUUUUACCUUUAUGUAUAAAAACCCUUUAUGUAAUGUAAAAUGUAUAAUAUUGUACAUAAUAUUCAGAAUACAAUUAUUUUGGUAAAUUAGUUUGUAUUUUUAAUGUCCCAGUUGCAGUAUUUAAUUAUUUGAAUCAUAUUGAAACUUGGUAAUAGUCAAUAAAGCUAUAAAAAGCAAGUAGUAAA